AUGGUUUUAUCUGCGAGUUCUGCAUGGAUUCCUAAAUUACUCGCUAAAUUCCACAUGACCAAGACGGGAGGGCACUCGGGUGUAUACCGGACGUAUCAGAGGAUAGCCCAAUCCCUGUAUUGGGUAGGCAUAAAGAAGACAAUUACAGAGUAUGUUGCUAGGUGUGUUGUAUGUCAACAACAUAAAUACAUGACAGCAUCCCCUCAAGGGCUAUCACAACCCCUACUAAUACCCCAAGCUGUGUGGGAGGAGAUAAGUUUAGAUUUUAUUGUGAUACUGCCCAAAUCGCAGGGACAUGAUGCUAUCUUGGUAGUUGUAGAUAAAUUGAGCAAGUAUGCCCAUUUUGUGGUGUUGAAACAUCCCUUCUCAGCUAAAACCGUAGCUAAGAUAUUCACCAGGGAAAUCAUCAAAUUGCAUGGCAUUCCAGUCUCCAUCGUAAGUGAUCGAGACUUGCUGUUUUUGAGCAUAUUUUGGAGGGAGAUAUUCAAGGCACAAGGCACUCAGCUCAAGAUGAGCACCACCUAUCAUCCUGAGAUGGAUGGCUACCAAGGGUCCGCGAGAUGCACACCAUUUGACACCGUGUAUGGUAGGAGUCCUCUGUCCUUCAGUAGAUUCGUUCCUGGGGAAACACCUGUAGAGGCCAUGACUCAAGACUUGAUGACACGCGAUGAAACACUUAAACAACUGAGAUUUCAUUUAAACAGGGCCCAAGACUUAAUGGCACAGCAGGCAAACAAAAAAAGGAGAAAGGCUCAAGCCGCCAGAAAAUCCAGAAUUCAUUCGGUGUUCCACGUGUCCCAAUUAAAGAAGGUCGUGGGAGAUAAAAAGGUGGAAAAGGAGUUGCCUAAGGAGCUGCAGGCAGAGGAAGCGAGUUUCUGGCCAAUACGUGUAUUAGACAAGAGGCAAAUUCAGCAGGGAGACGAGAUAUUACACCAAGUUCUCGUGGAGUGGCAAGAAGGAGCAAAGAAGGAGCAACAUGGGAAGAUACAACAACUAUUCAGGACCAGUAUUGAUGGAAGACGCCUUGAGGAACUGACCGAUUGGUGCGACGCGAACUCGAUCCAGAGGUUCCUCGAAGCUUCUCCAAUGAGAAGACGCAGCGGAAUGACGAUAAAGAAGCUCUAA